AUGUGUGCGAGGAGCCCUGUCCUCAACCAGUCUGGCCCCACGGAGUUUGUGUUUCGGGUCUUCACCACCGUCCCAGAACUCCAGGUCCUCCUCUUCGUCCUCUUCCUCGUCCUCUACUUGGUGAUCCUUUCCGGCAACACGGCCAUCAUCUGGGUGGUGUGCACACACAGCUCACUCCACACCCCCAUGUACUUCUUCCUGAGCAAUCUGUCCUUCUUGGAAAUCUGCUACACCACCGUGGUGGUACCCUUGAUGCUUUCCAACAUUUUUGGGGCCCAGAAGCCCAUCUCACUGGCUGGCUGUGGGGCCCAAAUGUUCUUCUUCCUCACCCUGGGCAGCACUGACUGCUUCCUCUUGGCGGUCAUGGCCUAUGACCGCUACGUGGCCAUCCGCCACCCGCUGCAUUACAUGCUCAUCAUGACCCGGAAGCUCUGCGUCCAGAUGGUGGGCUGUGCCGUGGGCCUGGCCUCCCUCCUCUCCCUGCAGCUCACCAGCCUAAUCUUCACCCUGCCCUUCUGCGGGCACCUCCGCAAAAUCAACCACUUCCUGUGUGACGUGCCCCCGGUCCUGCGGCUGGCCUGCGCGGACAUCCGCGUGCACCAGGCCGUGCUCUGUGCCGUGGGCAGCCUCGUGCUGACCGUGCCCUUCCUCCUCAUCUCCGUCUCCUACGUGCUCAUCGGCUCGGCCAUCCUGCGCAUCGGCUCUGGCGGCCGCCGCCGGGCCUUCUCCACCUGCUCCUCCCACCUCGCCGUGGUCCUGCUGCAGUACGGCUGCUGCAGCCUGGUCCACCUGCGCCCGCGGUCCAGCACCUCGGAGGACGAGGACCGCCAAAUCGCCCUGAUUUACACCUUCGUCACCCCCUUACUCAACCCUCUGAUUUACACUCUGCGCAACAAGGAUGUCAAAGGCGCUCUGAAGACUGCCUUCGUCAGUAAAGCAGCCUCAGACAACAUUUGA